AUGGCUAUGACACCUGAGUAUGACUACUUGUUCAAGUUGCUCUUGAUUGGUGAUUCGGGUGUUGGCAAAUCUUGCCUGCUACUGCGUUUUGCAGACGACACCUACACAGAGAGUUACAUUAGUACGAUCGGCGUGGACUUCAAGAUUCGCACCCUCGAUUUGGAGGGCAAGACAGUAAAGUUGCAGAUCUGGGAUACGGCCGGGCAGGAGCGCUUUCGGACGAUCACGAGCAGCUACUACAGGGGUGCUCAUGGCAUCAUCGUGGUUUAUGAUGUCACCGACAAGGAGUCUUUCAACAAUGUCAAGCAUUGGAUGCAGGAAAUUGACAAAUACGCGGCCGAUGGUGUGAACAAGCUGUUGGUUGGCAACAAGUGUGAUCUUUCGUCGAAGAAGGUGGUCUCUUAUGAUGAAGCGAAAGAGCUUGCAGAUUCCCUCGGGGUUCAGUUUAUGGAGACCAGUGCAAAAAACGCGCACAAUGUGGAGCAGGCUUUUCAAAGCAUGGCCGGCGAGAUCAAGAGUCGUGUUGCAUCCCAGCCUCAACCCGCACGCGGAAGUGGGGGCACAACUUUGGGCCCUGGUACGAGGGUCAACAGCGGUGGAUGUUGCAAGUGA